AUGUCUGAAAGCAAAGACGGCCUCUUCAACAUAUGGACCUGUGACAAGGCUGGAACAACAAAGAUCACCAACCGUAUCUUUGUCGCAACACCCAUUGACCCGGACAAUACUGCGACAUUGGAGACAAUUCGGGCCCUCCUUAUCACAGACAACAAGCUUGAUUCCAAAAAGGCCCGAUUGCCCUUCUGUACCAAGGAUGGUGCCCGCAUAGGAGAUGACGCUAAAUGGUCCCUUUAUGAGGGCCUCAUCGCUGGCAAGCCUAAAGCCGGCACAAAAGACAAGGCCAAAGACAAUGCCGAAGACAAUGUCGGAGCUUCCGUCCAUGAGAACACCGGCCAUGACGUGUAUUUCGAGUUGCCUGAAGAGGAAACCAAGCGGUCCAAAUAUGUUGAACUCAGCGAGCCUGUCAAAAAUUUCCUUCAAACUCCAUUGGACAUGAACUUUGCUAAAGACAAAGUGGAUUUGCUCACCGCGACCAUCAAGGACUUUAAUUUAGGUGGCUACGAUCAUUCAGAGUUCAAGUCGAUUGCCACUGCCGAUUCAAUCUCGGCGGGUUCUCUGUCGGACGAAGAUUGGGACAGGGUCAAGGACAAAGAGACCGAAGAAGCUUUGAUCGAAUUCUACCAGAAUUUUGGACAUUUCUUUGCCACCAACGUAGAACUGGGUGGAAAGUUGUUUGCUACAGAGCAAUUCACAUCGGAAGAUAAGGCAAGCACAUCGGAGAAGGCAAAUGCGAUGAAAAUUAGCGCUGCCCUAUCCUUUUCCUCUCCCUGGGUCCAGGGCUCCGCUAGUUACAGCAACGAUAAGCAGCACGCGGAAAGUGAAAGCAAACAGACCAGCAGCAUGAGCAAAGCGCUCUCCUGGGAAGCUGUGGGUGGUGAUACGACGCUUUGCAAUAAUCCUCCAGCCUGGUGUUCCACAGUCAAGCCCUUCAGGAACUGGAGAGUCAUUAACCAAAAGGAUGUCAUGCCAAUUGGAGACUUCAUUGGGACAUUCGAUGGAUAUGAACAUAUCCCAAGCCUUUUUCGACAAAUCACGCAAGAUUCCAACAAGAUAGUGAUUUCUCGCUUCCGCCUCCGUGCCGAUGAGGGUUCGGAUGGAAAGAUAACGGGGACGCAGUAUUAUGGUCUUCGCUGCAACCCCUCCCACGAGAAGAAUAUUGGCCUAUUCGAGGCGUUGAAACACCACUUGCUUAACAGCGAAACAGCGCUUUACAACCAUAAAGCGGAACACAUUGAGAACGAGAUUGACAAGGCCGAGAGAAAGCUCGGCUCGGCAGGAUAUACGGUUAACUGGCAUGAGUACAUCGGCAUUGACACGGAAACUGAUCGGACGAAAGAGGGCGGCUGUGUCUUUGAGGUCAAGGUUUGGACACAACUGCAUCAGCCGGCAUCGCUACAAUACGACAUGCCAUAUCCAUUAUGGAACAAGGCUUACGGAGCUUAUGUUGCAGCAGACACGAGCACCCAUAUUGCCGGCACGGACCUCGGGAUCUUAUACUAUACUUCAAUGCCUGAACAUAGGGCGUACUUUAAGUUUUUGAAAGUUAGAGAUCACCAUGCUACGGGGAGAAUUGGUGAUAAAGAUCAUGUCGAACUUCACUUGUGUGACAAGCAUUACAGACGCAUCGGACAGGUGAAGCGCUUCAAAGGGGACUACGCAACCCUGGCCGUCGAAAUGGGGACGUCCGCCAUGAGUGACAUCUUCGCGUUCAAUAAUGCCUACAUGGAAUAUUGUCGCUAG